AUGUAAUCUUUAGACGAAGAAGUAAACGACAUUAUCAAUGAUGAGGAGCUAGUCGACUCCGAAGAUGAGAGAGAAAAGCAAGAAGAGGAGAAGGAGAAGUUUGAGCUUUCAAUCACAUUCAGCACUCCAGUGCCCCAGCAACUUAAAAACAUUGUCUUAGCACCUCAAGGCCAUCCUCAAGCUCUCACAAAGAUCGUUUUACAUGGAAAACUCUUAGAGAUUGGCAAGGUUGAAGCCACUUAUCAUGAGAAAAAAUCAGAGGCAUUAAAGAUUUUCUACACUGCAGAGCAUCAGUUGAUGGUAUUACAUCCAUAAGAAGGGCUGAAGUCAGUGUUUGUGAAUCAGUUAGUAGAUUAAUUAUUUGGUUAACUCUCAAGUGAGGGUGCUUAGAUCCAAAGAAUCGUAGUUCUCGACACUGUUUACAAGACUAAUUACUCAACGACUGAUACUGGAUAUAUGGAGAACGUUGGAUCAAGCUUCCCAAUCAGAUUUUAUAAGACAACUCAUAGUAAGAAUGACGCUGCUUUGAAUACUUUCACUCAGAGUCUCUAGCCAGCUGGUGUUCUCAACCUCGUUGGUGGAUUAAAUGCUGCACUUCUCAUUCAUGCAGAACUUAAUGGUAUCUCAGCAGCCCAAUUCGUGACUAUCAUUGAUAGUCAUUAUGUGACCAGUGAGACCCUUUAAGGCUUCACUCCAAUAGUGAGAGAUAUCCUCCAGGUUAAUAACUUCAAUAUGGAUGAAAUCCACAGAUCUCCAGCUUUCAAGGAUGUCCUCAAGGAAGCAAACAAUAGAAAUAACAACAUUUACAAUUGA